AUUUACUGAAAAAAUAGAAUUUCUGUGAACCCUAGCAGUGGAAUCUACUUGCAAUGUGGAACAUGUGCUGAGUGACUUUCCUAUUAGGGAAGCAGCAUGGUUCGUCCUUCUGGUUUCCAGCAGCGUCGAAGUGGGAGGCGUCGGCACUCGAACGCGAAGGUUCUGCAACUCUUCCCUGAUGACUCUGCGCCGAACGCUAAGCAUGACUACAACAACGGUCUGACGAGAGCAUCAGAGGCGGGCUCCAAUCAUGAUGGAUAUGGUGACUGGAAGGAGAGAGGGGGUCGAUCUGCGGUGGCCGACAGGUCGCCUGGUGGCGCGUCGUUUUUCGAGGCGGACGGGUCAAUGCAAUUCGGACCGGAUCCCGCAAGUACCGACCCAGCAGCAGAUGCGAAUGGCUUUCUGGAGUUGCGUCCACGGUUGCAGCAGCUAGCAACUGCCGAAGCCGAGGCCGCUGCUGGGUCGUCCUGCUCGUGCACAACGGUGCUCAUCAGUCUCGUGAGCAUACUUGUUGUCGUGGUCUUCGCAAUCUUCUUCAACUGGCGGAGGUUUGCCUGUGUGAAGGGCUUCCUGCGCGCGAUUCGUUGGGACAAGUAUGACCACCUGGAUUUGGUGUGCACGAUACAUAAUUUCACCAUGGAUUAUCCUGGAACGCCUGAAUGUUGUGUCAAAAUCAUUGCGGGUGGUAAGGAGUAUUGGACCGACAAUGCGACUUUCACUUAAGGCUUCAUAAUUUUUUUGCAACAAGGUGGGUUUUCCUCCUGUGCGUUCAGAGUUACUCUAGUACUGCCUUGAGAGAGAACUUUAUAGUUUCAAUAAAGAAAUUGCUUCCGCACCACUGGGAAUCAAUUAUGCGGAAAAGUAAGUUCACACUGAUUCAACUGUCUUUCAUAGAAGUUGAAGCUGUAAUUCUUGUUUGUAAUAUUGGAUGCUUUAUUUACUAUACUCCUCUCCCAAGAACAAGAAGAUGCUGCCUCUAAAUUGUGACAAAAGGCGGCACGAGCAUGGAGCAGAGUAUCCAGUUGCCGAUACCACAGGGCUAUCAACGCAUUAUCGUAGAGCUUUGGUGCGAGUCGGGCUGGAGGAAAUCUAAGCACAAAAUGGCGCAACGUGUAAUCGACAUCUAUGAGGUAGUUGUAAUGCGAAGGCCCUACGGCUGCGUGGCACGCGAGCCUUUUACGCUCGUCAAAAAAACAGACGGAAGUGAGGAGGCAGAAAAGUACUUUUCACUAGACGUGAUCGCGAUAUUGAUGUGCCCUGGUUUGAUUUUGAAAGGUGAAGACCCGAUGUGGCCUUGUCUCCCAUAUCAUGUUGACCAUUAUUCUUUUUCUGAUUCAUUGUAAAAAUGUAAAUUUGACAGUAUUGAUGAAAGCUUGGAUUUAUAGAUUUAGUACAAGCACAAGUUCUUUUGAAGCAUCAAGAAACUCUCCUGCACAGGUUCGUAUCCGGGAGUAUGGUUCUGUCACUGCAGUACGAGAGCGACCUGAACAAAGUCUCGGACAAAAAGGUGCAACUAAUCGAAGACUACGCCGGCCACACAAUGAGUGAGCCUAUGGCCGAAGCUUUUGGGCACGAAAUCGCUUUGCACCUUGACGAAAAACUGGAGAGCGCUUUAACGCUAGUGCCAUUGCUGGCCGCGCGUUUGCGCACGGACGUGCUGUACCACACCAAAAUGGGCUUCGCGAAACGCAAGUACGCGGACGUUUUCUUGUACGAAACCAGCGGGGGUAAGCACGGGCCGCGGGAAGCGUGGCACUUUGCGAUUUUUCACUCCGCGGAAGACCGGCAAGCGAGGAAAGUGGAGGAAGCCAAGGCCUUCGUGAGUCUGCUGACCGUCUCAGCACUUGUUCCAGAUCCGAAGAAGGACGGCUACCUCUGUUUGCAACACCAGCCAAGCAAAAAUGCGGAGCUGGUCGACGUCUACUUUGGGAUCGCAGAAGACAAGAACGCCAGCAAGGAGAGAGGCGCGGUCAUGACCAGCGCAGUCUGGACGGAGGCCAUGCAUCUGCUAAUCGAGUGCGUAAGGCGGCAGCGUCUGGACGAACGCGCGGAGGCGAAAAAGGCGAAGCAUGCAGGAGUGGCUGCAGAAAAGGAGAAGGAAGAAGACCACUGGGGAGAGGAGACGCACGUCGGGCAAGGAGAAGCAUAGAUCAUGAAACAGCUACUUGUUCACAAUUCAAAACGAAAUAGCCACGUUUCGCAUUUGCAUUCUGUAACAUCAGACUCUAAUUCAUAUUUUUAGCACUACAUCUUCACCACGUAUAUCAUUCAAAAUACCCUUUCAUUCGUUCGUGCAGAAACUUCAUGCUAAGUAUUUACAUCAACCGGAGGGGAUCUUUGCGUAGGGAAAACAUUAUUUGUUGUGGCUACUUCGAUCUCCAUAAUGAACAACCAACACGUGACUCAAACAUAUCCUGUUAGAAAAUGUUCGUCUCCAUUACACACUCAUUCACCCAUGGCAAAUAGUAUCCCUAUUUGAGUAAUAAGAACUGUUCUUGAAUGCUCUAGUACAGACAUUAAAGUUAUCUUUCGCCGCUCCUUCCGCAGACCACGAACACACUAACUCACGUUCUUCUACACUUCAAGACAUGCCAUAGAUACGUACCUAGUACCCGAUCUAGAGCACCACACUCAUGCACAUGUUCAUAUGCGUUUCCUAUUGCAGAAAAUUACAUUAGUUGUAAACAUAAAAGAAGUGAGAAUGACAGCCUCGAACAUUCAGAUUCACAUGUGAACAGCAUUCCACCUAUGAUUCAUCACCAAUCACCUAGUGAAGAACGAAGCGUGCGGUCCUCGCAAAAGCUCUGCUGGGUUUCGCGAACGCGAUCGCGAGAUCGAUGACAAGGUGACAGAAUCGUCGUGGGACUGAGGUCGACUUUCGCAUCGCGAAACGGAAGGUGACUUCGCAGUGAUCGAAAAU